GUAGCUCACACUUGAUUGGGUGCCGAAGUCCUUUCCCUGCGUUAAUAGUCCAAUAAUAACGCUUUUUACAUACAUGUAAAUAGCGGGAAGUUGCUAAUCGCAAUGUCGCUGAUUCAUGUGGACAAAAACUCUGCGUCCCAAGCACGAACGACAAAAGCAUGUCAUUUGAUGCCAUGUGAAAUAGAUUACAACGGCCCUGCAAAAGUUGCUGACUAUUUUGAUACAUCUGUACGACAUGACCAAGGAACUGUGCUGUCUGCAACAUUCAGGGGAAGACCUCUAAGUGGAAAAGAAAUGCAACUACCAGAUGGAUACACAGGGUUACUCUUAAAGGAACUGCACCGACCUUACAGUGAAGAAGAAGAGCGGCACCUGAAGGUGUCCCAUAAAUUUGAGCAGUUUACGUAUUGGAACCUUGAUGCAGAACCAAGUAUUAAUGAUAAGAUUCACAAAGCACUGGAAUGGACACAUAUUGCUAAAACACUUCAUUCUCCUAUAGAAAGUCAAGAGAACAGUAAUGUUAGUGAGCCUGAUAAAUGAUAUUUAAUUGAGACUUUACCAAAAUUCUGUACCAGUUAAAUGUAAAUCUUUCAUCAUGAAACCUCAUGAAAGGUGUAGUCUCGUGUAAAAGGUGAUGACCUCAAUGCCAACAUUGGAUAGAGGCACUAUAGGAAGGGCAGGGAGAAUGUAUUUACAAGCUUCAAAGUUUCCUGGCUGUAAGUGCUGGAGAAGACUUAUCCAGGAAUUGAAAAAAAAAAAAAAUUGGGCAGUGUGUUCGCUAUCGAGAAAAUAUUCUGACCCCUUGAUAAGGCAGCAGUUUUCUUUUAAGCUGCAGGAUUUGCAUGGGCCCGAACUUACAGGGAGUAGAUGUCCAUUACACAAAGUGAAAUGUGUGACUACUUUUCCUUUAUAGAAGACUAUCGCAAAUACGUAUAACAAAGAAUAAUUACAGGUUUAAUCUUUAUUUUUCAUAUCAGUAUUAACUAAGGGUUCUAAACAGGCAUAUUUUUUAAAAAAUACUUCUGUAGAUGGGCAAAAGAAUUCUUCAGUGUUGAACUUAACAUGUAGACUUCACUUUGUUUUGAUUGUAGCUCAUUUACGUUUAGUACGUGUCUGCAUGUUACAAGAAUCAGACACCUCUAAUAAGCACCAUUCAAUAAAGCAGGAUUUAAAAAAUCCAUGUCCUUGUGACCACAUAAGAUCUACAUUGCAUUAUGUAAUAAAUACCAAUACAUAUACAUGAUGUAUUGCCUAAACUUGAUAUGAUCAAUAAUAGGGAGAAAAGACUAGAGAUGCCACAUGUAAUUUUUUUUUGAGAAAAUAAAUGUUUAUGCCUUUCAAAAGAAUGUUUCUGUUGCAGGUGCUGUAUACCAGCAGCCUCAGCUGUACUUUGAUAUCAUAUAAAAUGUAUAUUCCAUUCUAUUAUUACAAAAUGAAGUUCUAUCCAGUUCCAUCACUUAUGGUUGGAAGACCAACUGCAUGUCAUAAUAGUAACAAUAUAUAUAAAUGCCAGAUAAAUGUGUCAAUAUGUAACAGAGCACCAUUAUAUGUCAGAAAUCUAUGUACACUACAAUAUUUCUAUUUCUCAAAAGAAUCGACAUGCCACAGAUAUGCUAAACACUAACAAAGAGCACCAUGUAUGAUUUUGCAUUCAAACAAAAUAUAAUGCAAACUAUACACUAAGAUUACACAUUAUACAAACAUUAAACAAAUCAAUUUGAUGACACAUCGACAAGAUAGAUGGUGAAAGAUGGUUUAAAAAUUAUUUUAAAAAAUUUGCUCAAGAACAGGUAUGGUUUGUCUGUUCCCAAUUUCUUGAUUUUCUGGUCAACCACCUGUAGAUGGUCUCUGCACAGAUAAUUUUAGCAUGGCAGUAUUUUGUAUGAGUAAACCACGAGCCAACUUACGUAAAACUUAGAUAACAUAUACAGUGGGAGAAAGAUAAUCUACCUCAACUAUUAAACAUGGAAUUCUGGUCUUUCAUCAUGAAACCUAAUGGUGAAGUGUCACAUAAAAGGUGAUGCCCUUGGCUUUCAGAGACCAACAUGCUUCACUUUACAUUGGAUUAAGGCACAUCACUAUCAAAGAGCAUUUUGCAUUCAAACAAAAUAUUAUGCAAACUUUAGAUCUUAGAUUGCACGUUAUACAAACAUUAAACAUAACAAUUCAAUGACACCUAGGCAAGAUAGAUGGUGGAAGACGGUUUUUAAGUUCUAAAAAAAAAAAAAAAAAAA